AUGUCUGGCAGCUCAGCUCGGCCGGCGAAGACCAUGUCUUCCCGGCUUCUCACCAUGAAGUUCAUGCAACGCGCAGCUGCCUCAGCCGCCGACGAACCAGAGACCCCCUCGCCCAAACGCCAACGCCUAUCUUCAUCCAGUCGAGCAGAAUCAACACCCAAUUCGGACUUGGAAGCCGUCAAUGCCGCUCUUGCAGCCGAAGAACAAAAACGCGCAGAAGCAGUUGCGCGCCAGGCUGCUGAAGCAGGCGAGACGAAUUGGGUCUUGGAUUUCUCUGCAAACCCUGCCGCCGCUGCACCUUCUUCGCAGCCUAUGAUUGUCGCUGCGGAUUCGCUGGAUGCUGAAAACCAGGCCAUGGCGUAUGGCGGUCGCACGAGUUACGGGAACUUUCAGCGCAAGAAUAGACAGCCAAGUGUGCACGUCAAUGACGACGAAACAUCCGUAGACGCAGACCAGCAGCCAUUAGAGGCCAUGACGGAGAAGCAAAGGAGGAAAGCCAAAAGGAACAAAGAAGAGCCUCGGCUAGACAAGUUGACUAGUUUGUCUGGGGGACGCAGCUCCUCGAUGGACGUACGAGGCCAUGGACACGGUAAGAAGCAUGGGAAACCGGGGAAGAAACGAUCUAAAUGA